UGUUGCCAUCUGUCACUGCCGGUUUGGUAAGGUGUGUUGCUCGAAGUCGAUGAUUCUUUCUGUCACUUUUGACUUCGUCCCUGACUGUCGAAAGUGAAUUCUCGAAGACGCACUUGAACUUGCCAAGGCCAUUGAAUGCCACAAUCUAUAACCUUCGCUCUUCAUUAGCUUCAAAUUCGAUUCUUCGAGGAUAUAGUUGCAGAUAUUGCAGUAUGGCCACUCAACAUGAACUACCUCUUGACACCCCAAUCAUAUAUUUGAAGUGUGAAGAAGCUUUUGCAGGACUCACAUCCCGGGAACGUCGAUAUGCACAUCACCUCUCACGGGCUUCAUGGUGGGGUGGCCUUAUUGUCCUGUGCCAAACCUCACCAGAAUCUCCUACAAUUUUUAAUCUUCUGACACGAGUGUUGAGAUCACAGCCUAUUGAUACCCUUAAAGAUAUAGCAGUAAACAAAAUAGGCUUUACUGAAGAUGAAUUCAAACUUUUAAUUAUCUAUUAUUCAGGUCUUGUUUAUAACCUUGGUAACUACCUGGGUUUUGGAGACCGUAAAUUUGUCCCCAGUGUAAGCCGAGAGAAGUUAGAGUCCCUAAUCAAAGCGUCUAAAGCCUAUUUAGAAGCUCCAGAUGUCAUUCAAAAUUACUUAAACCGUGGGUUGGGGCCUCUGUACAACUUAGAGGAAAAUAAAAGGUUCCUUGGUAUGCCUACUUGUGGUGUUACUAUGUAUUUUACACCCAAUUGUACACAAGAAGAUGCAGACCUUGCUAAGGAGUACAUGGCUGCAAGGAAUAUUGAAGCAUGGAACAAUAGGUUGCUAAAAUAUGAAGAAGAUGGCCAAGUUGUAUAUGAUAUUCGCUUAGCAUCAAUUGAAAAAGGAGAAAAAAAAGGUAUAACAGUUGAAAAUGAUGAAUUCCAGGGUCACAAAUUCAGAGUCAGUCGUGGUGAUUAUUCCUAUUUUUUGAAGAUGAUGACGGAUGAGCUUAAAUUAGCUAAGGAGUAUUGUGCAAAUGAUUGUGAAGUACACAUGCUUGAUAAGUAUAUUGAAUGCUUUACACAAGGGUGCAUACAGGCUCACAAAAAUGGUUCCACUUUCUGGGUCAAGAACAAAUCUCCUGCUGUUGAAACUUACAUGGGUUUCAUAGAAGUGUAUCGCGAUCCAACCAAUCAGCGAGCUGAAUUUGAAUCAUUUGUUGCUGUUGUUAAUCGGGAACAGUCCAGAAAGUUUGAUACACUUGUAAGCAGAGCCGAAAAGGAGUUUUUGCCUCUGCUACCUUGGGGUAGGGAAUUUGAAGAGGAUGUAUUUAUGCGUCCAGACUUCUCUUCCCUAGAUAUUUUGACAUUUGCUUCAUCAGGUUUGCCUAUUGGUAUUAACAUUCCCAACUAUAAAGAUGUGAAAGAAGAACAAGGAUUCAAGAAUGUAAGUUUAACUAAUGUAAUGGCAGCUCGAACUGGAAUCAAGGGUGGCCCAUUUUUGUCGGAGUCCGACCAUGCUUUGCGAGAGAAGCAUGGGGCAUUAGGACUUGAAAUUCAAGUUGGGCUACAUGAGUUGUUAGGGCAUGGAUGUGGCAAAUUUUUGAGAAGAAAGGAUGAUGGUACCCUGAACUUUGACCCAGCUAAAGUAAAGAACCCAUUCACAGGUGGUGAAGCAUCAUUCUAUGAAAAAGGAGAAAAUUACAAUUCACGCUUUACUAAUUUGGCAAGUGCUUAUGAAGAGUGUAGAGCAGAAACUGUUGCAUUAUAUCUUGGACUUGUGAAUGAUAUUCUAGAUGUGUUUGGAGUACCUGCGGGGGAUAGAGAUGAUUUAAAGUAUGUAAUGUGGUUGGAUAUGAUGUAUGCUGGCCUUAGAGGAUUAGAGAUGUACCAACCCAGUCAGGGAAAGUGGGGUCAGGCUCACUCACAAGCACGUUAUGUUAUUUUGCGUGUUGCCUUAGAAGCAGGUGAAGGCUUGGUUAAAGUCGUUGAAACUACUGGUGAUGAUGGGCUUCCAGACCUAAUUCUCACUCUUAAUAGAGAGAAAAUUGAAAAUGUGGGGCAUAAAGCCAUGGGUGAAUUUCUGCGCAAGUUACAAAUUUAUCGUUCAAUGGGAGAGACUGAUGCUGGCCGAGCCAUGUUUGAAAAAUAUUCAGAAGUACCAUCAGAUGGACCUUACCCAUUUGCAAAAUGGCAUGAGAUUGUUGUAAGGAAACGCCGACCUCGUAUGGUCCUGGCAAUGCCUAAUACCAGAGUUGUAGGAGAUGACGUUGAGCUUGUUUCCUAUCCAGAAAGCUAUGAUUGUGUAGCUAAAUCCUGGGUUGACAGGUUUAAUAACCAAGAUUUUGACAGCAUAGAGACUGCACUUAUGUCUCACAUAGACAGUUGGACAAAAUAAUUCCUUGAAGAGGUAAAGUAAGCAUUUUCUUAUGUGUACAAAAUAAUAUAUAAUACCAAGUACAGUAUAUUUUGUCAUGUCAGACUUUAUAUCACACAGAUUUGAUAUCGUGUAAUACCGUAAUUUUAUACGACCUACCUUUGAAUGUUUCAAUUUUCAUAGCUCAAUUUUGCUGCAGUUGUUUUUGUUACUCAUUACAUUUUUAUCACUAAUAUUAAUGAAGUGUAAAACCAAGUUGGCAAAGUGUGAAGUCUUGCAAUUAAUAAGGUACAGUUUUAGACACUUGAAUCAGUAAGCAGCUGAUUUAAGAAAUAUUGUAUUUGUUGGAAUUUGUAAUAGAUUAUUUAAAUUGAUUUCUUUAUGGUAUUUCAGUACAUAUAUUAUUUAAUAAAA